ACCGCGGCGCUGGCCGCAGUUCACCAAGCGGCGUCCACGCGACUCGCGACGCGCGUCUCCGGUCCUCGAGCUGGUUAUGCGGCUUUCGAGAGGGCUUUUCGAGGCUCCCUCGAGGCGAAACCGUCGUUCUCGCGUUGACCUGUGCGCGAAUCUCGUUAGACACUCGUACCAAACGGACUACACCGGUUCUCUUAUCGUCCGAGGCCGAAGACUUUUGAUUUUAGGUAUCGAUCGCAAACAGUGUUCGAUAUUCGUUUGGCGUGAAACGAUCUGGAUCAAUCGUCAGAAAAGAUUUUGUGAAUUUUGAUUUCAACUCUUCUUGUUGAACUCAAUCUUCACAUAUUCUAUGAACAAAAAGAAGUGUAAUUUUAAGUAAGAAAAAUGUAACUAAGGAAAAAGAUGUUUAAAUGGAGUGUGUAAGAUGUUUGACUCGAUGUGUGAUAGGCUUCGACGGAAAUAAUGCAAGGUGAUUCGCAAUCUUUCGCGUCGUUUGUGAACGCAGACACGUUUCGACUAAGUAGCCUGGUCCAUCUUCGCAAAUUCUGUCGAGAUUCUCUUCGUCUAAGAGCAGAAGAUCGUGCGAAACUAUUACAAUUGCAAGACAAGGACAGGAAAACGCGGUAAAAGUUACAACCAGCAGUAAUCUGUGUCCUCGACAGGAGGGAGAUUUAUUGAGAAAAACUAAUGGUCGAUGUUCGAAAGUCUGAAAGGAAUGAGAAAACUUAAAAAUCUCUGGAGGUGAAAUCAAUUUUAUAAUAUUAACAACGAUCUUCUGAAUAUAAUCAACUUUAGCGAAACGAGAAAACGAGAAGUUGUGGAAAUAUAAAUUUGCUGCGAAACGCAAAUGAAAGAUUUUUCAUCAUUUGUUUUGUGAAGCAGUUCAAGAAUCGUCAUUAAUGAGAUAUGAUUUUUAAUAGUCGAACGGAAGAAAUUGGCGGAGUUAUUUUCAAAGAAAGCUUUACGAGUCACGAUAACGCUUAAUUUAUCGUUUAUGUUAAUUGAAUGUCUGUUAUCGUUGAAAAUAAUUUGAAUAAAGAGAAAGAGGAUAUAAAUUCGACGAAAUUAAGAGAAUUCGAAAAUCUGAUGUGAGAGGUCGGAGAGAAUUCAAUAGCAAGAACCGAUGAUGUAGAAUUACAUUGAAAAUUGCAACAAGUGGUUCAUUCUUCAAGCAGAUGGGAAAUCUCAUGAGUUUUUCAAACAAAGUCCCUCCGGAAGAAAAAUGGUGCAAGCACGCCUUGGAAGAUAAUACAUUCUCCUCUUAUUCGUUAUCUUUCUCUAGUCAAAGUAAGAGAUUUGAAAAUCCAAUUCGUUUCUUUAUAAUAAAUCUUCGUGAUCCAUAUAUCACGUGGAGUUUCUAUAGAACUAUCCUGAAAAAUAAAGAAGAUUAAUCUAAGAGUCAGAAAGUUACAAGAAUAAGUAUAACAAGAAAAUUUCUUAGCGAAUAUGAUUUACGUUCAUCUAUAUACAAUCUAUCAAUCAGAAAUUAAUUAUAUACAAAAAAGUUGAUUUCUUCGAAUUCUUUUAUCGUGAAGCUAAAAAUUCCUCGACAUAAUUCCUGUUUCUUCGAGAGGAAAAGAUUGAGAAGUAAAAAACGGCAAAACUGGAGGGGAAAAAGCGAGCGGAGAAAAAACUUCACAAGAUUUACCGGAAGAUGUCGACCGAGGAUGGUCGACCUUCCACUCCUGCAGGUUCUGGUGUAAUCGACGAAACUGGACACGGAGGCAACAGAAGAAUGUCGCACUUCAAGGAAUAUAAAUUUUUCCGCAGCUUCAGCGCGAAGGUGGAGAACUGGCCGAUGCGAAAAGCGGAAGCUCUAUGGCGUCGUAUGCGUGAAAGGAAGAUUGCAGGCUCAUCCAAUCACCAUAAAAUAGUGUCCAAGGGCGCGUCGUUACAGAGAUGGGGACGAUGUACAAUUUGCAUUUUCAUGGGCCUACGUACGCGCGGGUUAUCCACCUUCAAGGUGGACUGCAUUUCGACCCGGUCUCUUCGCGAUGAGAAUCGCGAAAAAUGCCAAGUUAGCGUGCACGCGAGCACAGGUGCGUUUUUAUCUCGCGAUUCAUACGAAAUCUCGUGAAAUUUGUGCACCGUUGUGAAAUCUUGAUUGCGUUUUUCAGAAUG